AUGCUUGCAUACUUGCACGAGUCUUUUCUGACAGGAUGGGUGUUGACGUCAUGUUGUCAGUCAGAUGGGGAGGCCAAGGUACACGACAAGGAGGUCGGGCGAGCAUGCUCACGCCAUGUUAACGCGGUGUGGAACGCCCUGUCUGCGGGCGGGUCGUCGGCUUUUACCGAGAUGUCGAAACGUUGCGAUUUAGCUAUUCAAACGCUAUUCAGGCCAGAAGAUCCGGUGCUGGAUCAUUACAUCAGGAAGACACACGAAGACCUUAAGCACGGGAUCCGCGAUGCACAAGUGAUGAUUGAUAGAAGCCUGAUAUCUUGUUGGAUCGCCAAGAAGUUCCCAGAUCUAUACAACCGCAUACCAAACGAUGCAAGGUUGCUACAUCCUAGUAUCACCUACCACCAUUCCACCCUACCAGAUAUCGGAAGAUUCAUAUCACAAAGUCUCAUACAGAAGGACUGGAAGUCAAACCUCAUAUUGAAUGUGAUAUGCAACAGUAUCCCGUGCUUGAAGAGGAACAGGGUCGCCUUUCUUGCAGAGGAGCUUUUUGUUGACCCUUCUACACCUGUUCUAGUCAACAUAAUGCACGGGCUCCUGCUUGGCUUGUAUCCCAAUACUGCGAAGAGGCCAUCAUUCGAACAGAGGGUGCGAUGCGCGAGUGAGUUAAGAUCGAUGAUGACAAGACCAUUACAAGAGCAGGCAAGGUUCAUCUAUUCAAACCUCAAUCUUUUAAAGUUGUCGAUCAUGGAGUACGUCUGGUAUGCAUGCAACACAUUCAUAGUGUCGGAGAAGGAGAUCAUUUGUUCUGUACAAGGCAUGCAGACGUUUUUUGACAUCUGUCCCAAUGUCGCCGAUGCAUUCCGACAAGAGACCCUACAGAGUGGAGAUUGGACGUGGGAUAGAUUGGAUGAAGUCGCCACUGUGUGUGUGGAUCGAUGUGUCAGGACAUGUAAGUUCAGGUCUGGCAGACAUGCACCAUCCAAGGAGGUCGUGGUAAAAUGGAGGAGAAUUACGGAUGAUAUGGACCAUCUCUUCGAUGCAGCAAAAUCCAUGAACCCUGUGAAUAUCAAUGGCCUGCUCUGGAAAAUCUAUCACCGUGACAACCCGAACAUAACCGUGGAAGAAUUCAACAUCAUAGACCACUUGCAUUCUAGAUGUAAGGUGUAUCCGCUUCCAUGUAACCUUACAGCGAUGCAAUGCUCUGCAAUACUAAAGAGAUAUAGCUCGGACCAUUUCCAAAUGGAGAACAUGAUGAAGGUCCACAUCUGCAUGAAGUGCUGCAACAAACUCAAUGGCUUUACCGUCUCAUCGAAACUCAGACUAUGUAUGCAGACCAACCAGUUGCGCUGUGCUUCCUGUGGGCUUCAUAACUCUAUCAUAAGCGUCAACAUGCUUGGCAAGAUACUCGUCAUACAGGGCGCUAGCUACAUACUCUGCCCAUGUUGCGGCACCUUCAAGAGAUGGAACCAUACCGGAAAUGAGUUCACGAAGCCAUGUGAGUUCGCCAAUCAUUAUUCGAACCCAAGGAUAGGGACUUCACUCAGCUCCAUACUCAAAAUGUCGAGCAGUGACCAUGGUGGUUAUUACAAUGACAUAAAGAAUAGGAAGUCGAGCAAGUCAAGUUACUUCAAGUUCGAGGCAUCGGACACAAACUCUACCCUAAUCAAGAAUGGAAGGGCAUGCUGCAAGGAGUGUAUAAGGUGUGGGAAGACAUCAAACCUUGAGAGGGUGGUGGUAUUGAACGCAAAGUACGGGGUUCACAUACAGCUCUACUUAUGCAUGAAACACAUGCUCCCAAGGUACAUCAUGAAGUUUGUGAUCGACAUCAAGGACCUCGCCCGUGCCUGUGUCAACUAUGAUAGAUCCAGGGAAAGUAGAAGGAGGUGUGGUAAAAAGAGAAGGAUCAUGACAACCGGGUGA